UUACAGUGCAUGCAUUAGUGUGAUUCAUAUCAUCCACAAGAUAAACCUGCUCUCGCCAGUUUCUAGUGACUACUAGAACUUUCUCUCCUAGAUAAGGAUUUUCACACAGAAUUGUCCAAGACAGAUUUCUUAACAAAAAAAGACGUUUAAAGAAAGAACAACUUAGUCAUUAUAAAAAAACUUGCAUAUUCCAUUUAAAUUAGACUUUACACCUUUCACUGGUUUGGGCCAUGCUGGACCUGAAGAAGUACUUCACAGAUGGCCUGAUCCAGGUGGCUAUUCUUCUCAGUCUGGCCGGGAUGCGUGUGGACGUGGAUCCUUACCUGCCUCCUCUUGGCAGAAUCCUAGUGGGCCCUAGUUCAGCCGUAACACAGACUCAAUUCCAUAACCUUCGGAACAUGGUGGAUGAAUAUCAUCUACACCCAAAGAGCGUGGAUCUAGAUGGGUUCUUCACAGCCCGCAGGCUAUUGAGUUGGGUACGCUCCUUGGAUCAUCUGCAGGUGCCAGUAGCGGAGUUGGAAGCCUGGUUGGUCUACACAGAGCCUGAUAAUGGAGUGUCCAUUCCAUCUCAGAUGGGUUUCCUUGAGGAUGGUGGUCUAGAAGAUGUGGAGGACCCCUCAGAGCUAAGCAUGAGGUUGGGCGGAGGAGAAUUGGGAUAUGAUGUAGGAGAGGAUGACACCUUUGGAGCUGUGGGACAUAUGUCAAGAAGUCUUACUCAUCCAGACCAAGAUGAAGUCAUUAAAGAGGAGGGAGAUGGUAUGUCUGUACUAUGGGAACAGGAACAUCAUCAGGACCAGGUGGAAAGUGCAGGAACCCAACCUCUCCAGCUGUUUAAUGAGGAAGAGGAGGAUUUCAUGAUGGAUGGCUGGAGAAAUGCAAAUCCGUUUCACGACCAGAUGUUUGAAGAGAAUGCACAGUUGUCAGGUGUAAGAGAGGACACUUCUCUUUCCAUUGAAGAGUGCUUGCGUCUCAUCGAUACCAACUUGCUUUCAGGAGAGGAUACAGAGUUGCCAGGACCUGAUGCACAGAAUGUAGAAGAACAUGCACUUCAGUUUCAGAGGCCCCUUAUCUCUCCUUUAUUGCCCGAACAGAAUUCCACAUUCAGCUUAGAGCAACAAUGGCAAGAUGUUUUGGCCAUUAUGGAGUCACAGGAUAUGGAUACAACUGAAACAAUAGACAAUUCUCACCACAAUAUCAGUGAAUCAAACAGGAAUAUUGGAUCCGUGGAAAACUUUGUACAUCAGGAUGUCAGCCUUCACCAAGCAACUCUACCAAGAUCCAGUGAAGGUCUUGACACAAACAGCAUCGCCAUGGAAGAAACCCGCUGUAUUAACAAUCCCUCAGUGGAAAACACCAGCUUUGAAAUGUCUUCUAAUGUAAACUGCCUUUUUGAAGACUCUGAUAUUGUAGAUCUCCUCCUAACCCCUGGGAUUAAUAGUUCAGGAAGCAGUAACUACCUACCAUGUUCAUUGUUUGACCAACAAAACCUGUCAUUUAGUCAUUUAGAUCCUCUGCUGGAAGAAGCCAUGCUUAAUGAAACUGGUCUAAUGGAUUUGGCUUCUGGUGAAUUUAACCAAGCUCAAAUCCCCCAAUUUGAAGAGCACAAGCAAGCCGAUUCAGACUCUGGUUUAUCUCUGGACUAUAGCCAAAGUCCCAGUUCUCCCAGUGGGUCUGAAUCUUCUAGCUCCUCAUCUUCGUGCCCUUCAUCACCCUCCAGCCCACUUCCCAAUUUGAUACCUGAAGAAGGGGCCGUGGGGUUCACCCACAUCAAGGAAGAAGAGGAGGAAGGGGCGAUUGGUGGCUUCAUGCUAGAAGAAACCAAAAUGUCUCAUACAUGUUUUUUGGAAGCCAAGCAGUUCCAUAAUCUCCCCUGGCUUGAGCACGUUGGACACGAUCACACCUACAACCAGCCUCGCACCUCCGUCCAGAAGAAAUCUCCAAAGCACUUUUUUGAUGACCCCCUAAUGAAGCUUGAACAGCUCUCCAAUCGGGAUGAGAAACGCGCACGUGCGCUGAACAUCCCGUUCCCCAAUGAAUUUAUCAUAAACCUGCCCGUUGAAGAGUUCAAUCAGCUACUAUCGAAAAAUCAUCUUACCGGCACACAGCUCACGCUUAUCAGAGAGAUCCGCCGCAGGGGUAAAAACAAAAUGGCCGCUCAGAACUGCAGACGCAGGAAGCUGGAUGUUUUGGUGGGAUUGGAGCAAAGCGUGGACGGCCUGCGACGCCGUCGCACCAGGCUACUCCGAGAAAACGCUGAGGUCUGUCGCUCGGUCAGAGAAAUGAAGCAACGUCUGAACACCUUGUAUCAAGAGGUGUGUGAGAGAAUGAGGGAGGAACAGGGAUCGCUCUGCUCAGACUACGGCUUCGGCUUGGAGGAAGAUGAUAACGGCCCAGUUGGACUUGUUUCGCGUAGAUCCGAUUCACACUCCAGACGCAAACUUAGUAAGAGAAGAAAAGAAAAGAAGUGAGGUGAUGUUUGUUAGUCCGAGUGAUGGACAAGAUGAAAACAGGCUCAGGGGAAAUGCUCUCUGCUGUCAGGUCUACCUGCUGGUUUUUCACAGCUCAAAGGGUUGGAGAAUUCUCAGGAACCCAAGUAUUCAAACAUGCCAGCCACUAAUCGUCAAAGAUCAAGUUGCUUGGGACAAAACUUUGGCUUUGUGCCUUAACAUGGCUCAUACCCGGUGAAUACAGUUCGUUCCCUAAUAACAAUUUGCUUGGUUUGCAACAUUAUUUUAAAAGAAAAUAUACCGUGUGAUUAUUCUCUUGAUUUGCUUUGUACAAGAAAAGUCAUUUUUCAAGCAAAGCAAACAAUUUCAUAAGUUUGAGCUGUCCGGUUUAUUGAGUUACUGUAAAGAAAAGAGAGUUGUACAUAUGUGAAAAGACCAGUUCUGAUUCCAUUGAUAUUGUAAAUUACUUUUUUUUAAUUAAAUUGUUUAAUAUUUUGCAGUGAAUUGUUCUUGGUGACAAUCUGGGAUUGUUCUCUUUUGUUUUAAUUAAAAGCUAUUUAUUGUC